GUUUCAGAUGGUCAGGGUACUACCAACUGGUGAAGUCGUGAGCGAUGAUGAUCCACGAGUUCGUCAGAGAUCGUCUGCUCCUCGCCCCCAGGCAGCUUCAUCGAGCUUCAAUCAACCUCAGGCACAGGCUGGAUUAGGCGAUAGCUUUGUUACGAUUUGGAACAAUGCAAAUGAUAGACUACGACACUUUGGAUUGAAUUCGUUCGAAGUGGCUGGCUAUCGUGUCGAUCCGUUGCAUCUGCUAUCGUUAUAUCGCAGUCUUCAAGUGAUAAUGCCGCCCCAGCGCCUGCGCAGGGAGCCCCAGGCCGAAGUGCAGAUGAUGUUAGCCCUGAGGGGCUCCUUUAUGCUGGGUAAAGCCUUUCCAUGUUGUUCUACCUCUGUCUCGUUACCUCAAAGGCGAUCUCCGCAGCAGAUUACCUCAAAUCGUCAGUACUCUAGUACUCUACCUCCUGCCAUCGGGAAUCUUUUUAUGUACGCAUCUGACUGUUACUUCACCCAAGGCUUGCAGUUCGUCAUGGAAUCGUUACAUGGAGCAGGACUGUCAUGGCCUUACGUCUUCAUCGCAUCUGGCGUGGCUCUCAGGAUAGCUUCAUCUCCGUUACAUAUAUUUGCAGAGAAACUGUUUGCACGGCGACUGCACGCUCAGAAUUUCUUCACAGAAGGCAUUCUGAAGAAGCUCAGUCAACACCACAAAGUUGAGCUCGUCCCAAAUGCCAGUAGAACUAAAUUAGAACUGAAAACCUCUGACCCGAGGAUUACAGCUCAUAGUGAACAAGUGCUAUCGGAAAUGCUACCUCAGUACAUGUCGGAACAUGGUCUUCAAGCUACUCGUAUACAAAACCUUAAAAUGUGCACCAUUCCGUUGUGGAUAUUCUCAUCGUUUGCCGUCAGAAAUGUGAUCACCUCGGAUUUCCAUCCUAGCAUCGCCGGAGGUCUUUGGAUCCCAGAUAUGCUUGUGCCUGACCCAUAUUUUGUUUUACCUGUGGCAGUGGGACUAUUUGGAUUCUUGAACUUAUACUCUCAGAGGAAGAUUUAUCCUAUGGCUAUGAAAACCUGGAAGACGAAGUCCUAUGAUUUUUGCCUUGGAUUCUUCACUUGCUUUGCUGUGGUAAUAAUGUGUCAGUUACCAGCGUGCAUACCCCUUUACUGGUUGUCUGUUUCCGUCAGCGGUUUCCUGCAAGCGCAACUGCUUAGACAUCCGAACGUGAAGAAACUUUUUGGAAUUGCCCGGCUGCCAACUGAUUCGCGGACACCUAUUCGGGAUCUCUUCAUGCUGAGACCCAAACAAGCAUAGUCACUUAACUUGUUUUGCCUUUCUCCCUCAGUCUUGUGUACAUAACUAAGUUUUGUAAUUUGCUUGAAUACAGUUUAUGCAUGAAGAUCAAAAUUGUGGAAAUGCAAUUGUUAAAGGCAGUGGGUCGGCAAAACUCAACAACUCAGGA